AUGGUCCGCGCCGCAGGGGGUGCGGCCGCCGCCGCUGCCGGGAGCCGCAGUGCCCGCCGCGGAGGGAGCGCCGGGGGCUGUCAGAGCUCGGGCCGCCGCCGCGCCCCCAUCGCCCCGCGCCCGCCGCCGCUCGCUGCGCCCGCCGCGCCGCUGGCCGCGCACCCCAGCGAGGCCACGCCCCCCAACGCCGACGGGCGCUCGCCUCCGCCAAUCAGCGCCGGCAGAGGGAGGGGCCGACCCGAGCCACGCCCCCCUCCGGAGGCGGUGGGCUGCCUCCCGCAGCGGGGACGGAGGGAGGGAGAGCGGCUGCGCGCGGUCCUAGCGCCCCUCCCCUGCUCGGCCGCUGGCGGCGCGGCUGCCCUGGCGCCGUGCCGCGCCGGGGCCCUUUAA